ACAAGGGUCAAUAAGAAGCCCAAAGUGUGUCCAGAAAAUAUCUCCCAUACCAUUAUACCACCUGCUGUAAUCAUUGACACAACGCAGCAUGAAUGUUACAGCAGAAAUCAAAGCAGGCAAGACUUUUCCAAACUUCUAUCGACCAAUUUUGGUGAAUUUGACUGAAUUACAGCCUCAGUCCAUAUUCAGAGUUUUCUUUUCGUCCCAGAGUGAUAGCUGGAGUGAUCUUCUGGUGCUGUAGCCCAUCUGCUUCAGGGUUCAAUGUGUUGUGAGUUCAGAGAUGCUCUCUGCAUCUCUUGGUUGUAAAAAGUGGAUCCGAUCAUCUUGACCAUCUCUGCGAGCUUGAAUGCACUGAGUCACUGCUAUGUGAUUAGCUGAUUAGUUAUUUGCUUUAAUGAGUUGUUAAACAGCCAUGCCAAGUUAUUAUGUCUGCUGUUCUCUUUCUUACUGUCUUUGGACCAGUGAAAACUCUGAUAUGAUUCUUUUAUCCCUUUCUAAGGAGUCCUUGGCCCCCAGUUUUUUAUGAAACCAAGAAAUAAUCAAAUCAUAACUGGAAAGAAUGUAUAAACGAAUCUAUAUACUAGUACCAAUAAUUCUUACUUUUAGUAAGAGUAAGAGUAAGUAAAGAGUAAUAAUAAAAUAAUAAUAAGAUCCCAAAACUUGCUGUUUUAUAAAUAAGUAUUGCAUUACAUAAAAAAUUAAUUUUCCCUUUUUUUUAAUCCUUCUGUUGAUGUUUAUUUGAUGUUCAUAUUGGAGAUUUUAGUAAUUAUACAGCACUAUAGUAAUAAGCACAGACUUAGACACACUGGGGAAACUCAGCCACACAAGGGACAGGAAGAAAAAGAGAUUUAGAGACAUAUUCGAAAAAUACAGCUAAAAAAAAGAAAAAUUGUGUCCAAAAAGGCAAAAUUAUAUAAGAUGUACAAAUGGUUAUUAUAUACAGUAAAAUACACAGAGAUUUUUAUGAGUAUAUAAAGUGCAGUGGGAGAAGAGACACAAGCAGACGUUCGUGUUGUUACUCAUUGAUCUGUGAGAGAAAUGCACUCAGCUUUUUUCUGUUUUUAUAAGUGGGUCAUUUUUUUUGUGCACAUUAAGUGUGUCUUUCUGAAGUCGAGGAGGGGGGGUGGGUACUGUGCUAAAUAAUGUAUAGAUGCUUGGGUUCUGUACUCACCACUGAGUGAAUAAUGGAUGAUCCCAUCACAGGUAACCUCACAGGUACACACUUAUCUUUCUCUCACCCACCUCCGUGCAUGCGUGUGUGUGUGGGAUGCAUGUGUGGAAGGCGAUACAGAGGUAUUAAUGUAUGAUAGUUUAAGCAUUUAACACAGUUUUUAAGACUUAAACAGCUUUGUGUGUGUGUGUGUGUGUGUGUGUGUGUGUGUGUGUGUGUGUGUGUGUGUGUGUGUGUGUGUGUGUUACCUUAGUGAGUUUGUUAGUUCCCACAUCCUUUUGUUCAGACCAUUCAGGGACACUUAAUGUUUGGAUCUCUUCAGUUUACACCUCAGGAUACUUGUGUCUUCUCAUCAGAAACCUCAUAUUCUCAUGUUUUAACACUCGAGGUUGCUUUAUGUCGCUGCCCUAUUCUCCCUGUUCACCCUUUCAUUGGUUUUUGAAGCUAACCUUGCAGAUCAAAGGCACAAAAUAUACUGUGAACACCUGAGGCCCCCACCCUCUAAAUACUUAGUCCAGGAAACAAUGUUGAAGUGUAGCGGUCAGAUUCUUGCUUGGUGUCACAUUUCUGUGACCAGGUGGCUGGAAUUUGAGAUCAUGCGUCUGCUGCAGCUGAUCAGCCACUUUUUGAUCGAGUUAUCGGUUGUUAUUACAUGUGGCAGCAUCUGAAAAUGCGGCACCGACCCCCGACGUCAUGUGUGGUGGGUUUCUGCAGAGCUCUCCCGCAGGGUACAGUACAGGACAGUAUGUGACCUGCGAGAGGCUCCCCCGCCGAGACUAAUAAAGUUGUGGUCAUCGAUACGCAAAGAGUUUUAGAUCAGUGGUGAGGGUGGCAUAUCCCCUGACAGGCACGUUAUUACUCAUCAGCCACAGUUCCGCAGAUUGUAUUUCAAGUGUUAGGAAGCUCCUGAGUCACCCUCAAGGCGUUUCUGUCACUGGUGCGCGUGGGUCCCUCCGUCUGCCAUCAGCUCAGCCUACCUGCUGAGCAAGAAGAGCGAGGACACACUGUGACCUGGACCUGGUCCUUGUUGGAUGAGAGGAGUGUGAAGCGGUGAAAACUUACUGCCAAAAGAUGUCUCACCAAACUGGAAUUAUUGCAACAUCUGAGCUGAAAGAUUUUUUGGCCCGAGCGAGGGGAGGUGCCAUCAGAAUCCUGAAGAUUAUCAUCAGAAACGAGGAAUUGGUGCUACAUUCAUACAAAGAGCCAGCCCGGAGCUGGGACAAGGAUUACGAUCAGUUCCUGCUUCCUCUGCUCACGCCUCUGGAGCCUUGCUACAUCCUCUACCGCCUGGACUCCAAGAACGCGCAGGGUUAUGAAUGGAUCUUCAUUGCAUGGUCACCUGACCAAUCACCAGUGAGGCAGAAGAUGGUGUAUGCAGCGACUCGUGCCACACUGAAGAAAGAGUUUGGAGGAGGUCACAUCAAAGACGAAGUGUUUGGCACGGUGGAGGACGACGUGUGUUUCCAGGGAUACCUGCGCCACAGGUCCUCCUGCUCCUCCCCAGCUCCUCUCACAGCAGCUGAGCAGGAGUUACAACGAAUUAAAAUCACAGAGGAUAAAGUUGUGUGGGAUGAACGCAGACGAAUUGGGACUCCGACAGCGAGAGCAAGGGUAACUAUGGAGUUUGGCUUGGACAAACGGGCACAGACUCUUCAGGGUCUUGCGUUUCCUUUACAAGAAGAGGCCAAACGAGCUUUGCAACAACUCAAGUAUAAACGCAUCAACUACAUCCAGCUGAGGCUGGAUGUAGACAGAGAGACCAUCGAGCUGGUUCACACUAAACCUACAGAAAUCCACGAACUUCCCUACAGGAUUCCCACAGAUACACCUAGAUACCACUUUUUCAUCUUCAAACAUUCCCAUCAGGGCCAGCAGGAGGAAGCUCUGGUGUUUAUAUACUCGAUGCCUGGGUACACCUGUAGCAUCAAGGAGCGGAUGUUAUACUCCAGCUGUAAGAACAGGCUACUGGACGAGGUGGAGAGAGACUACCAGCUGGAAGUCACCAAAAAGAUGGAGAUAGACAGUGGUGAUGGUCUGACAGAAGACUUCCUGUAUGAGGAGGUCCACCCCAUGGAGCACACUUUAAAGCAGGCAUUCGUCAAGCCCCGUGGACCGGGAGGGAAAAGGGGCAACAAACGCCUCAUCAAGGGUGCAGGAGAAAACGGGGAAGAAAAUUAAACAUUACACACAUUUGCAUAACACAAGCACACAACACGAUAUCUAAGAAUUUACUUGUUAUUUGAUUUGAAUUUAUUCAUGUCUAAUUUCUUAAUCUAAUCAGUUUUUUUAAGGGGAUGCAUCAUCAUCAUGAAACUGUAAAUUCUUGUUAAAAGUCAUUUAAAUCAUGUGGCAGAUGUUAUAAAACUUACACUCCAUUGUAAGUUUUCACUGUGCAGCCUCAUCUCUGUGUAAUGCUCUAAAAAUAGACAACAGCAACAUACAAUACCAUGUAAAAGUCUUGGGCCACAAGUCAUUUCUUUAGAUUUUGGUUGAAGGAGUCAGGCUUUCUGCAGGUCUUUUUUCUUUCAACACUGACUGCUUUUUCAAUUAUUUUGAGUCCAGUCCUUGACCAUUUUCAGGAGAUUUUUUUUAACUUAUUUGUUAAGACUCUUAACACUGACCUAUGAAUCAUUUGAAUCAUUCUAAUAUAUAAUUAAAAAAAACUUAAGGGGUAAAACAGAUUUGUUUUACAACAACAAAGAACUAAUUUCUUUAGUUCAAAUCUAUGAAAGAUGCCAGCUUAACAGGCAUAAAGCAAUCUGAUUCUCAAAUAUCUUGGCUUAUCUCAACAUGGUGGGCAGUGUGUCUGUAAAAACUCUGAUAAAGCGGGACAAGUGGGGGAUAAAUGUGGCUUAAAAACUACUUUAAAACUAUCAACAGCAGAUGAUGAUUCUCUGAAAUUCAUGUCCUGAAGAAGUGGGGAAAAAUCCAACAAAGACCUGAAACAUGACCUGAGAAAUGCAUCUGGCCCUUCAGCUAACCUGUUCACUAAAACCUCAUUACAAAGGCUCUCAGUGGAGGGAUGGCCAUCAAGAAAGCAUUCUUAAGGAAGGGACACAGGGAGAAACAUAUGGCACAUUACACAAGAACUGGACAAAAUCAGUGACAACAGGUCUAAUGGAGUGAUGAAUUUAAAUUUAAUAUUUUGUUCAAAUCAUCAAUACGUAGUACUAAUAAUGAAUAGCAUUAUGUUUAUUGUUAUUCAACAUGCAUAAUGAAAUUGGAUGCAACAGAUGUAGAGAGGAGGUCGGGAGAGAAGUACAACAGCUAAGGGUCUGCAGCCAUCUGUAAAACAUGGUGGAGGCUCUGUCAUGGUUCAGAUGUGUAUUUCAACCAAUGGUGUUAUAGAUCUUGUCAAAAUGAAUCCCAGAAACACUGGAGAUGCAGUAAAAGCAUACCUCGAUAGAAAAACACACAGUGGAUCACUGUCAGUCAUGGAUUGGCCUCCCCACAGCCCACACCUGAAAAUUAUUAAAGCAGUGUGAGAUAAUGUUGACAAAGAACAGAACAAACGUCAGCCAACAGAGAAAAAAGCUGAAUGUCCUUCAGAACUAUUUCUGAAGACUACUUGAGGAAAAUACAGAAAAGAAAAUAUGAGAGUUUAGACUGUGCUGAACAAUGUGGAAGUUGGUCACACCAAAGCUCAUUAUAAUUACACAGACUUUGUUUUUGCCUUAUAUACACCAUUUCUAUGUACGAUUGCACGUGUUUCAAAUUUAGAUACACCGAUUUCCAAGCAAAAUAUAAAGAAAAGAGACUCGAGACUUUUACACAGUACUCUAACUGUUGGGGGUAGCCUCUCUGACAUUGGUCAUUUGACUUCAAAGUCUGAGCUGCUGCCAUCUUGUUUUAUAGAGUUUUUAAAAAUCUAGAUGUGUCAGUCUGAGAGGAUAUUCCACACUCAUCUGAUCGACUAAUUUGUCGAUCACAGGGUAACUACUCCCUACAGCAUACUCUGCUUUAUCGCCUGUUUUUCUCUGAGCAACGUGUAGUUUCAAAGCUUACUGUAAACUAGCAAUCAAGAUCAAAAUCUCAUCAGUGGCUGCAGAUCAAGAGAGCAGUGAGGUCAUUUUCUCAUUCGGCUCUCUGUCGCCCCCUGCUGACCAUUAGAAACAGUACAGACUAUAAUGAGCUGCCAGUUAAACCAUAUCCGUGUUGUUGCAUACAGUAUGAACUGGACUGCUCUGCUGGUCUCCAGAAUACAGCUGGAGGGUUAAGGGUUAAAAUUUUCUCUUACUCUUCACUCUUCUCCAGCCUUUUUCUUUCCAUCUUUUUUUAAUCGCCUGACUAAUAAUUAGUUCAGCUCAUCAAGAUCUGUGGGGGAAGUUACAUUAAUUUUUUUGCUUCAGGGUGGAGUAUCCUUUACAGUACACUACCCAGGCAUGCGCUGUGCCCACAGUCCACGCUUUAGCAGACACAAACUCAUCCACAUUAUUUACAGUUGCCUUCAUCAGUGACCUGAUUGAGUUCUGACUAGGAUCAGAUGAGGGCUGUUCUUUUACAAUGGUUCUACAAUAAAAUAUUUUCUGUA